AUUAGUUUUAAAUUUGGUAGUACUACAGUUGUCCAGCAGAGGUAGACAAAAGCUGAGCUUUUCCACUCACGGCCAUGCGACAGUGUCCAAAGGAGCAUCAUCCUGCUCCUAAGUGCGCAUGCGCACGACGAUCCCAUUCUUGUGCUGCAGGCAGCAUUCCGGGUGGGGAGAAAAACACUUUUAGGCCGUCAACGUACAUAAACUACAUUAGCAGCGUUUUUGUGUGUAACAGCAGAUGCCUUUCAACACAAUAUGGGCUCUCCAGGCCAGAUCCCAGGAAAAGACAUGGAGAUGUAAUCUGGCUUCCAUCAUCAUCAUCAUCCUCCACUGGUUGCCUUGAUUGCUGCUCCCCAAACCACCGUUUCCAACACUGCAGCAGUGGUUUGGCUCAGAGUGUAAAGUGAAGUCGAAGUCACUAGUAAAGUUUCCCCAGCUGCCGUCCAGACACACAUGGUGCAUAGCUACCAUUCCCAAAGCCCGACUCCAUCAGUCCCCAGGGCACAGCCUCUAGCUUGCUAGUGAGCAAAAAAGAAGAACGGUUCACCUGGAUAAAACUACAAACUUGUCUCUCACAUUUUUUUUUUUGGGUCACGUUGUGCCUCUUCAUUUUAACGGAAUUGACGAACAGAAGCAAAGGAAGUGAUAUUUCAAAGCCAGGUUGAUGGAGGCCAACAUGGAGAGCUGCUUGGCCCAUGUUCUGCAGAAAGAUGUAGGCCGACGUCUACAGAUGGGUCAAGAGAUCAUUGACUACAUCUUAGACAAAGACAAGUCCCGUGACCUUGAACAGGAUCAGACUGCCCUUGAUAAGAUGGUUGAUGGCAUUGCAAGCUCAUGGGUCAACUCCAGCAAUUUCAAGGUGGCUCUUCUCGGCUUGGAUCUGCUCUCUGCUUUAGUGACGAGGUUACAAGAACGGUUUAGAGCCCAGGUGGGAACAGUUCUGCCCAGUCUUAUUGACCGAUUGGGGGAUGCCAAAGACCAAGUGAGAGAACAAGACCAAGCACUGCUGCUGAAAAUCAUGGAACAAGCUGCAACUCCACAGUUUGUGUGGGACCGAAUGCUGGGAGGCUUCAAGCAUAAGAACAACAGGACAAGAGAAGGAGUGUGCCUUUGCCUUAUUGCCACAUUGAAUAUGUAUGGAGCUCAUGGCCUGACGCUCAGUAAGAUUGUCCCCCACAUAUGUAACCUGUUGGGGGAUCCCACCAGCCAGGUUCGAGAUGGGGCUAUGAGUAGUUUGGUGGAAAUUUACAGACACGUGGGUGAGAGAGUGAGGAUGGAUCUCAGCAAGAAAGGCCUGCCUCAAUCACGUUUGAAUGUUAUCUUCAGCAAGUUUGACGAAGUUCAAAGGUCUGGGAACAUGAUCCCAUCAUCCGGCUCAGACAAGAACUUCGAAGAUGAGGAUUCUGUUGAUGGAGGCCGGUCCUCCUCCUCCUCAUCCUCUAAAGCACCUCCCGGUGGCAGGAGAACUACAAUAACUACCGCGAGAAGACCCAGCUCUGCAACUACAGCGAAGGCCACAGGUAAAGAAGCAGCAGCCGGUGCUGUCGAUGAAGAGGAUUUCAUAAAAGCCUUUGAAGAUGUGCCCUCAGUUCAGAUUUACUCCAACAGGGAGCUGGAGGAUCAGCUGACUAAGAUCCGAGAAGUUUUAUCAGAUGACAAACAUGACUGGGAGCAUCGUGUGGUGGCACUGAAAAAAGUUCGCUCGUUGAUGUUGGCUGGGGCAGCAGAGUACGAAGGCUUCCCUCAGCAGCUCCGUCUGCUGGAGGUGCCACUCAAACUGUCAGCUAAAGAUCUGCGCUCACAGGUGGUCCGUGAGGCCUGCAUCACUCUAGGCCAUUUAUCAUCACUGCUGGGUAACAAGUUUGACCACGGAGCAGAAAAUGUCAUGCCCAUCUUGCUGAACCUUGUGCCCAACAGUGCCAAAGUCAUGGCCACGUCUGGAGUGGCUGCUAUCCGCCUAAUCCUCCGGCAUACACACUACCUACGUCUUAUCCCCAUCAUUACAAGUAACUGCACCUCUAAAUCAGUCGCAGUCAGACGACGCUGUUAUGAGUUUUUAGACCUGAUGCUACAAGAGUGGCACACAAACACACUAGAAAGGCAUGUUGCUGUUCUGACCGAAACCAUCAGGAAGGGCAUUCAUGAUGCUGAUUCUGAAGCCAGAUCAAUUGCUAGGAAAUGUUACUGGGGCUUCCAUGGUCACUAUAGCCGAGAGGCUGAGCAUCUCUUCCAAGCACUGGAAUCCACAUACCAGAAAGCAUUGCAGUCUCAUCUGAAGGGCUCUGACAGCAUCAUGUCUCUUCCUCAAUCUGAUCGUUCCUCAUCGUCUUCUCAGGAGAGUCUUAACCGACCACUGUCUGUGAAAACUGUCAUUGGAGGCAGCCUCGCAAGGACUAAGUUAGUGAGCACCCGGUUACCGAUGACAGCAGGUUCUCUUCAGCGUUCCCGUAGCGACGUCGAUGUAAACGCCGCUUCCAGCGCCAAGUCAAGGGUGUCAACUGUUUCCGCAUCCUCGCCGUUCAACUCGGCAGCUGCCCUCCCACCAGGAUCUUACGCAUCAUUAGACGGCACUCCUGGUAAAAGUGAUGGUCGUGUUCGUACCAGAAGGCAAAGUUCUGGUAGUGUAAGCGGAUCGAGCACAUCAGUGGUGGACCGUAGAGGGCGCAGUCGAGCCAAAGUGGUUUCUCAGUCCCAGCGAUCCAGAUCAGCCAAUCCCAUCAGUGCUGGCAGUCGCUCCAGCUCCCCAGGCAAGCUGCUCGGACACAGCAGCCAUGGUCGCGUACCUCGCGUUGCCGUGUCCGUGUCCAACACGCCGUCUGACAGGCGUAGCAGGAUCCCUCGCAGCCAAGGAUGCAGCCGAGAGACCAGCCCGAGCCGACUUGGCUUAGCCCGGAGCCGCAUUCCCCGUCCCAGCAUGAGUCAGGGUUGCAGUCGCGAUACUAGCCGCGAGAGCAGUCGCGACACCAGCCCUGCUCGAGGUUUUACUCCUCUGGCCUCCCGACGUCACUCCCGUUCAACCAGUGCUCUCACAGCUGACCCCCAUGGCCAGUCAGGGGAUCGUUAUGGGUUGAUUCACCAAGCAAGAAUCUCUGCAUCAGUGAAUGCAAUGAGGGUCCUGAACACUGGCACAGAGGUGGAAGCAGCGGUUGCUGAUGCUCUGCUAUUAGGAGACUCCAGGAAUAAGAGGAAGCCGAUGAGGCGGCGGUACGAAUCACCAGGAAUGUACUCUGAUGAUGAUGCCAACAGCGAUGCAUCCAGUGCUUGCUCAGAGCGCUCGUACGGCUCAAGAAAUGGUGGCAUACCUCAUUAUCUUCGUCAGACGGAGGAUGUGGCAGAGGUCCUGAACCACUGUGCCAGUUCCAAUUGGUCAGAGAGGAAGGAGGGCCUUCUGGGAUUGCAGAAUCUCCUCAAGGGUCAAAGGAUAUUAAGCCGAGUGGAGCUGAAGAGACUUUGUGAGAUUUUCACAAGAAUGUUUGCAGAUCCACACAGCAAGGUGUUCAGCAUGUUCCUGGAGACCCUGGUGGAUUUCAUCACGGUACACCGAGAGGACCUACAGGAUUGGCUUUUUGUCCUUCUCACACAAUUGCUCAAAAAGAUGGGGGCAGACCUGCUAGGCUCAGUACAGGCCAAAGUCCAAAAGGCCUUAGAUAUCACAAGGGAGUCUUUCCCGUUUGACCAACAGUUUAAUAUUUUGAUGAGAUUUAUUGUCGAUCAGACACAAACGCCAAACCUCAAGGUAAAGGUUGCAAUUUUGAGGUACAUCGAGUCUUUGGCAAGGCAAAUGGACCCAACAGACUUUGUCAACUCCAGUGAGACUCGCCUGGCUGUGUCUCGCAUCAUCACCUGGACCACUGAACCCAAAAGUUCUGACGUCAGGAAGGCUGCCCAAGUGGUGCUGAUUGCAUUGUUUGAGCUCAACACACCAGAGUUCACCAUGCUGCUGGGAGCGUUGCCCAAGACAUUCCAGGACGGUGCCACCAAAUUAUUGCACAACCACCUGAAGAACUCAAGUAAUGCUGGUAGCAGCGUGGGCUCUCCAAGUAACACUAUUGGUCGCACACCACCUCGCCACACCCCAAAUAGAACCAGCCCACUCACCUCUCCAACAAACUGCUCACAUGGAGGACUGUCGCCAAGCAUGAUGGAGUAUGACACUGAGAACAUGAACUCGGAGGACAUUUACAGUUCACUGCGUGGUGUCACAGAGGCCAUCCAGAGCUUCAGCUACCGCAGUCAGGAAGAUCUGAAUGAGUCCAUCAAACGGGAGGGCAAGCGAGAUGAUGCGACUGGGAGAGAAGGUAUAUCAUCAACCCCUGGCUCUGAUGCUCGCCUCGGAUUAGAUGCACUGGAAGUGGGUCGAACUGCAUUGGACAACAAGACAUCAUUGCUCAACACACCAUCACCACGCUCAUUCUCCGGGCCAAGGGGUCGGGAGUUUGCUCCUUACGGUCACGGAGAAACAAUCUGCACCUACGACAAGAGUGCCCUGAAGGAGGCGGUGUUUGACGAUGAUGUGGAACAGUUCCGUGACUUCGGUCAGGACCACUCGGACCUGGUUGCUGAUCUGCUUAAGGAACUGUCUAAUCACAACGAGCGAUCCGAGGAACGUAAAGGUGCCCUGGUGGAACUGCUGAAGAUCACACGAGAUGAUAGCCUGGCUGUCUGGGAUGAACAUUUUAAAACCAUCCUCCUCCUUCUGCUUGAGACGCUGGGGGAUAAAGAUCAUACAAUCCGAGCCCUGGCACUGCGGGUGCUGAAAGAAAUAUUAAGGAAUCAGCCGGCCCGGUUCAAGAAUUAUGCAGAACUAACAAUCAUGAAGACCUUGGAGGCUCAUAAAGAUUCUCACAAAGAGGUGGUACGUGCUGCUGAGGAGGCCGCAUCAACCCUGGCUGGAUCUAUCCAUCCAGAACAAUGCAUCAAGGUGCUGUGCCCAAUUGUACAGACAGCUGAUUAUCCAAUCAACCUCGCUGCCAUCAAGAUGCAAACAAAAGUGAUUGAACGCAUUGUGAAGGACUCUCUACUACAGCUGCUGGUUGACAUCAUUCCUGGUCUCCUGCAGGGCUACGACAACACAGAGAGCAGCGUUCGCAAGGCCAGUGUGUUCUGUCUGGUGGCUAUCUACUCCGUCAUUGGCGAGGACCUCAAACCUCACCUGGCACAGCUCACAGGCAGCAAGAUGAAGUUACUGAAUCUGUACAUCAAGCGGGCCCAGACCACCAACAGCAAUAGCAGCAGUUCCUCGGAUGUCUCCUCUCACAGUUAACAGCGGGAUGUUGUUUGUGGAAAGCCUGCAAGAUGAACAGAGCCACCUGUUUGAAACUUCACGCACUAAUCUUUGCAAAUCACACGCCGCAUCUGUUUAGGGUUCAACUGCAUGCUACUUUGCGCCACCCCUCCAACCGCCGUGUUCUGGAAAUUCGGAAUGCAACUCCGAGGACAGAUUUCGGCUUAGAUAACAUGUUCAUAUACAGUACAAUGAAAUGUACAAAGCAAUUUUUGGUGGCAGAUGAAAUAUUUAAUACACUGUAUGUUUAAAAAAAAAAAAAAGCAUCAUUCCUGUAUUAUAAUUUUCAAGUAGUUUUAAGUUAAUUGUGGCACAGAUGCCCUUUUUAAAUUAUUUUAAGUGAAAGAGUGGCUUAGACAUUUUGGGAGAUUUUCAGAAAGCAUUUUUCUUCUGGUUUAAGAUUGAGGAGACACCGACCAUGUGAGGCACACACACACACAAGUAAUGCUUCUUGACUGGGACUGGCAUGUAUAAAAUGUAAACUAUUAGCUUACAAAAACUGUGAAUCUAUUGUGAAAAAGCAAUGCUUGUGGUGAUGCAUACACAGUAUUCUCCCAUAUGGAACCUCAGCCUCUAAAUCCAGUAAAGUAGUUUGUAAAUACACAUGUAGGACUCUGCUUUGCAACAUGUAACUUGCCUAUGUCAAUCAUUUCCACGUUAGCCUGAAUGCAGCACGUCAUCUUUGUGCUGCUCUGAAGUUUUGUUUUUCUUUUUUGGCUGUUCAAGUGCACUUGUAACGUGGUAUUACACUGCUUCAUUGGUUCAGUUACCUGUUACAUGGAUGAUGAUGAAGAGGAGCAACUCUUUGGUUGGGCAGGUUGUUUUCAUACUAGCAUCAUUUUAAGACAGGGGUGUCCAAACUCUCAAGCAGCUUUGUUUUUAAUUUAAUUCCUGGCUUUUUGAAAUGUAUAGGUAUUUAUAAUUGUAGGUGUUUAAUUUGCAUUUUUAUUGACAUUAUUCUAGAACAGGGGUCUCAAACUCAAUUUACUUGGGGGCCAUUGGAGCUCGGGUCUGGGUGAGACUGGGCUGCAUCAGGUUUUCCCAAAAAAAACACAUUUAUUAAAAACUAAAACAUUUAAAAAACUUCGCCUUGGUUCAAAUUUUCUACAGGAAAAGCUCUGAUAAAACAUUCCACUGUUCUCAAAUAUCUUACUUUUUAUUUUUCUACACAAAAUAAGAUGAAAAGUAAACAAAUCAAGAAUAAAGAAAAUCAAUCAAUCAGUAAUAAAUAAAUAAAUAUAAUAAUAGUAAUAGAACGGCAAAUAAUAAAAACUUAAGAAACCACAUAUAGUUGGUGGGUAGACAAAUUAUUUUUUUUCAGAUUAAAAUGAACAAAGCAUUAUUAGAGCCCUGUAGACAUGACAAAACACGACUAUAGUCACAGUUAUACUCCUUUUAUUUACAACAUAUUGCGCAACUGCAGGGUCUUGAGACACAUGCUAACUCGCAAACUAGAGAGCUAGCGACCUAAACGGUAGCCUUCAAGUUAUUUCCUUUAAACUUAAAUAGCCAAAAACUUACCACUUCCACACGGAUAGGGAGGAUAACUAUUAACAGUUAUUAACAAUGCUCGAGGUGCCAAGGGGGCAGGGAGGACUUCCAAUAUUAUUGCAGACCUGCCGUCAUGUAUGAAUUUAUAAUCUUCGCCAUGCAAUUUUAACUCUUCAAUACGCUUGUAUGCUUCAUUGCUCUACAUUUUGUUGCAUUUUGCUGUUUUCAGUUUUGAUUUCAGUCAAAUAUAUAAAGUUUCUUAAUAGUGUUUCAAAUCAGGGGGGUUGUAAAAUAAUUUCUGUGUCUCCCAGUGGGGGGCAUGGCAGAAUAUAGUUGAGAACCACUGCUCUAGAAUAUCCAAAUCAGUUUUUUCCCUUAUCAAAAAUGUUAAUAUACGUCAUAAUUACCCAAAUAGAUUUCUAAAAAAAAAAAAAAAAAAAGACCAAAUAAUUCCUGGCUUGUGUGACUUAUUUUCAUUAUUUUAGUCAUAUUAUGUCAUAUUUAAAUGUGUUUUUAUUUAAGAUUACUCUUGAAUAUCAAAAUCAAGACCAACACCUUUUUUUACACAGCCAACAACUGUCUUAACUAACUAGUGUAGCGCUAAUGUUUUGAUGCAAUUUAAUGUUUUCUUUUGCAAUUGGCUCCCACACCAGAGUUUGGACACCACUGACUUAAAGUAUCAGAAGGUAUAAAAAAGCUUUGGAAUGAUUUUGUGUGUAAUGGGAUUACUUUGGGUCUACUUUGGUUGAGUAAAGUGUUGCUGUGACUGCAGCAAAAAGUGUUUUCUCUACUUGACAUUUGACCAUUUCCUUAAGCGUUGUUCGAAUUAAAUCAACGAAUGUAUAUGUUUACUUUCCUCUAUCGCAUGGUAGGUUCUGUUGAAUCAAAUCUGAUGAGUUGACCGGAAGCAACAUGGAGCACCCUCUACCAUGCCUGUUAGUAAAUCUGUUAAUAUGUCAUUGGAAAUCUAUUGACACUAAGUCUGUUUUGACUAUAGGUUUUCACCUACCAUGUAAUAUUUGCCCUUGUAUUUAUUAUUAUUGAUUUCUGUUUUAGUAUUUCAGUCAAACUACAGUGUACAGAAGGAUGACAUCCAUGAUGGACUUGCAGCAAUGGAAAGAAAUUGAGUAAUAAACAGAUUGAUGAUUUUUUUGUGUUUAUGU